AUGGCCACACGACGAAUGACAAGAACUUCAAGUAAUGCAGGACUUUCCCUCAGGUCAGGCAGGAACCAAAAUACAACAAAAGUAUGUGGUGUAACUAAAUUUAUAAAUCCUCCAGUUAAAAGAACAAGAUCUAAAACUGACAUUAAUCCAGAACCUCAACAGAAAAGAAGAGCAGUUUUUGGGGACAUAACAAACAAAAACAAGGAAGCUACCAAGCCUCUAAAAAAAUUGUCAAAAGAAACAAAACCCACUUCUACUCUGACAAAGAAUGCUAAAGUGACCCGAUCUACCAGCAAACCUAAAACUACUGCAUCAGCUGUUUGUGCCCCUGUCUCCACCAACACUGUUUCAGCACCUGUCCAAGAUGAACCUCUCAUCAUUGAAUUAACACAGGCUUUGGAUUUGACUGAAAAAAACAAAUCACCACCUAAAGAAAAAGCUGAAAAACCUACUGAAAAUCUUGAGCCAGAAAAGAAGCCUGAAGAGGAUAUUGAUUUUGAUGCCUUUGAUAAGGAACAUGCUGAUCAACCAUUUUGGGAAGCAGAAUAUGCCAAAGACAUCUUCAAAUAUUACAAAGAACAAGAACCUCGUUUUGAUGUCCCAGAUUAUAUGAGCAAUGUGCAGACGGAUGUCACACCAGAAAUGCGUGCUAUUCUCAUGGAUUGGUUAGUGGAAGUCCAAACUAACUUUGAACUCCAUCAUGAAACCCUCUACCUGGCUGCCAAGUUGGUUGAUAUUUACCUUUCCAAAAUUCGUAUUAGAAGAACAAUCCUACAACUUGUUGGCACAGCUGCUUUGUUUAUUGCCUGCAAAUAUGAUGAACGCAUACUCCCACCCUGUGAAGACUUCUUGUAUGUCUGUGAUAAUGCGUACUCGAUGGAAAAACUGUUUGAUAUGGAAAGGAAAUUGUUUGUUGCUGUUGGCUUCCAUCUUGGUAUUCCACUCUCUUACAGAUUUUUACGCCGCUACUGCAAAGUUGCAGGCAUAAGCACAAAAACAAUGACUCUUGCCAGAUAUAUUCUAGAGUUAACACUCUUGGAAUAUCCAUUCUGCUACCAACGAGAAUCUCUCAAGGCUGCUGGGUGUCUUUGGCUUGCAUUGAAAAUGGAAAAUAUGGAAUGGAAUGCAAUGCUUACCCACCAUUCUGGCUACACAAACGAAGAGGCAAAAGAAAUGGCCAAAAAACUCAACCAAAUGUUAUUGACACCACACUUUAAUCCGGCCAACGAAAUCUACAACAAAUAUUCACACGAAGUGUUCCUAUCUGUAGCGCACAUCCCCAAGUUAUCAAUGGACCAAUUGGAAGGAUGA